AUGGCUGCCCCAAACACAUACGCCGUUCUGGGAUCCACAGGCAAUUGCGGCAGCGCACUGAUCCAGAACUUGUUGGAGAGGCCCAAUGUGAAGGUGAACGCGUAUUGUCGCAACCGCAAUAAGCUCUUCCGCCUUCUGCCCGAGGUGGUUGACAACAAGCGAGUCAAGGUGUUUGAGGGCAACAUCAACGAUGCUCAACUCAUGGCAAACUGCGUCCGAGGAUGCAAAGUCGUCUACAUGACCGUUACGUCCAAUGACAACAUCCCCGGUUGCAGUCUCAGCGAAGACACUGCUCGGGCAGUCAUUGCUGGUCUCGAGAAGAUCAAGGCGGAAGGGAAAGCGGGAGUCGUCAUGCCUAAGGUCGUCCUGCUUUCUUCGGCGACCAUUGACGACCAUCUGGCUCGAAAGAUGCCAUGGUGGUUUCGCCCUAUUAUGCUUACGGCUGCUUCUUAUGUCUACGAUGAUCUCCGCCGGACUGAAAACUUUCUCCGCUCUCAUGCCGACUGGGUGACAACCAUCUUCAUCAAACCGGGCGGCUUGUCCAUCGACAUCAAGCGUGGCCACAGACUUAGUUUCGACGAGGAAGACACAUUCAUCUCCUACUACGACUUGGCAGGGGCAAUGAUGGAGGCUGGCGAUGAUCCCGAAGGUCGGUACGACAUGAGAAAUGUGGGGGUCAAGAAUUCGGGCAAGGAAGGGGCCAAGUUCCCUGCAGGCACACCCCAGUGUAUCCUUAUGGGUCUUGUUCGCCACUAUUUUCCAUUCAUGCAUCCAUAUCUGCCAGUCGGUGGACCAGCAUGA